ACUUUACACAGCAAUGGCAUUUGCACUUUUCUGUUCACGGUAUUUGUUUAGUUUGUCGUAGUUGUAGUGUCAGUAUCAUGUUUGUGCUCUAUAAAACUCGCCCUGCUUUUUAGGCUAACGCUGUCGGUGUUGUCCGUGUGUCUGCAUGUUAGAAAAUCAAUGACAGUUUUCAAUGAGCAAUUAUUAACAACGUCCCGUGUGUUUUACUUGGCCUGUUACAUUUCAGUUUUUUUGUUUGUUUUUAACCAACGCUGCUGUAAGUGGCAUAUUUAGUUUAAGUUUUUUCUUUUAGCUUCCACCUGCUGGCCACCAGAUAGCACAGUUGCAUUGGAUAUCAGUCUACGGUGUUUUCAUGCCUUUAUUAUAUGUUAUUCUAUCCUAAUUAGAUGUUUAUUAGUCCACAGAUGGCAUACAUUACAUUGACUGUCUCGUUGCUUCUUCGGUUUGGACUUGGACAUGGCUCCCAUAAUCAUCCUCACGAUGAUCAUUACAUUGGCCAGCAGCACAACCCCGAGCAUGAUAUGGCCAUGCUGCUGGGAGAUGAGCACACAGAGGAGAUCAAGGAUCUUAGCCCAUCAGAGCAGAAGAAGAGGAUGAUGGAAAUUGUAAACAAGAUUGAUACCAAUGGUGAUGGUUUUCUUAGUGCAGAGGAGAUCACCGUGUGGAUUCAGCAUGUCUACAGGAAAUAUGCUCUGGACGACGCAGCAGAGCGUUUCCAUGAGUUUGACAUUAACAAGGAUGGUGUGGUGACAUGGGAGGAAUACAACAGCAUUGCUCACGAUCAACUUCUUAGUUUUGAUGACAACACCAUCCUGGAAGAUCCAGAGCAAGAGUCUCUCAGACAUCUCCACCUGAAGGAGAAGAGGCGCUUUGACUUUGCUGAUUUGGAUGGUGUACCGGGCCUCAGUGUAACCGAAUUCCUUGCCUUUACCCACCCAUCUGAAGUGGAUCACAUGGCUGAUUUUGCCAUUGAAGAUGUCUUGAGUGAAUACGAUACAGAUAAAGACGGAUUCAUAUCGCUGAGUGAAUUUAUCGGAGAUGUGCGUGGUGAAGAUGAUUCCCCUUCGCAGUGGGAGAUCGAAGAAACAGUGCGGUUCAAAGAACUGUAUGACCAAGAUAAUGAUGGCAGGCUGAAUCGUGAUGAGCAACUGCGUUGGGUCGCACCUAACAGCUACGGUUCAGCAAGAGAAGAAGCGCUUCACCUUAUCAAAGAAAUGGACCAAGAUGGAGAUGGGCAGAUCUCAAAGUCAGAAGUUUUGAAAAACCAAGAAACAUUCAUGAACAGUGAAGUGACAGAUUACGGCAGACAGCUGCAUGUGUCACACGAUGAAUUAUAGCAUUUCUAAAAGUUUUAUAUAUUGAGCUAUUCCCUAAUUAGUUUUUCUGUGUAGAUGAUGAGGAAUUUUUUUCAGCUAGAGGUUGGGUAUUUUUUUCAUUACGGUACUUUCUUUUGAAGUUAGAAAUCUUUUCAAUUGUAAUUCUUAAGAUUUCUGUCAAUGGUAAUUUGUAAAGUACAGAAACGGAAGUACUUGCAAGCAAUGCAAUAUCCUCUAAAAUGACUCAUAGAUUAAAAUCAGAAGAAUGGCAAAAUAGUACAUUUGAUAGCUUUGUAAUGGGUUGCAUGAAAUGGUGGAAACUCCUGUUAUUGUGCCGUUUCUACACUUCUUUAAAAUUGAGAUUAUGAGAGCUUCCUCUUGAAAACAUAUAUGCCAUUUUACUAAGAGCACACAAAGCACACUUUGUUGUAUUUCAAAAAGACAAGAAAUUAAAAAAAGGAAAUGAACUUGUUUUUAUAUUUGUUGAGUUAUUUGAAACUUUCAGCUCCGUUCUUGCAACUGUUGACUGGUUGCAACUCUUCCUCAUUUAAAUCAAAUGAGUGAGUGAGUAAGUGAGAGUUGCUGCAUGAGGGCUUAUUUCCUGAAUGUGCCAUGAUCCGUUUCACUUGCAGUGUAACACAGCCUGUUAAGCUGUCAGGUACUAUUACAAGUGAAAAAGUUGAGCUCUCCACCAAGGACUGUUUUUUUUAUCAUGUCGGAGAUGACUUUACAUUUCAAAGAUGCAUUCUGGGGAGCUGAAUUCAUCAGCAAUGUUGGUUAUGACACCAUCAUUCAAAGACUCAGCGAAGGUCGGAGAACAUGCAAAGACAUGGAGGAGAUCCUAAAACUGAGGGCAUCGGCUGAGGAUAAAUAUGGGAAGGAGCUGGUGGCAAUUGCUCGCAAGGCGGGGGGUUUGUCUGAGAUUUGCACUUUGAGGGUAUCGUUGGAUGAAAUGAAAAAACAAAUUGAAAACAUUGGCAACCUGCACAUUCAGUUGUCUGGGCUCCUGAGGGAGGAGGUGAAGAGAAUGGAGGAAUUCAGAGAACGACAAAAAGAACAGAGAAAAAAGUUUGAAGCCAUCAUGGAGAAAGUCCAGAAGACAAAGGUUUCCCUUCACAAGAAAGCGAUAGAUUCUAAAAGAUCCUACGAGCAGCGCUGCAAGGAGGCAGAUGACGCAGAGCAAACGGCUGACAGGUUGGGCAACGCUCCUACAGCCACCCCUAAACAGAUUGAGAAGCUGAACAACAAAUCUAAACAGUGCAGGGAGGCUGCAGAGGAAGCUGAGAAACAGUACAAGUCAAACAUCGAACAGCUUGACAAAAUCCGUCAAGAGUGGGAAUCAACACACAUUGAAACAUGUGAGAUGUUUCAGCUGCAAGAAGAAGACCGCAUCGGUGUGUUAAGGAACGCCUUGUGGGUGCACUGUAACCAUUUAUCAAUGCAGUGCGUCAAAGAUGAUGAGUGUUAUGAAAAUGUGAGGAGAAUGCUUGAAAACUGUGACAUCAUCAUGGACAACAAUUCCUUUGUGGAUUUGAAAAAGACCGGCUCAACACCCCCAGCUCCAAUUGAGUACCAGAAUUACUAUGAGAGCAAUGCUUCAUCCGAGAGGAAUGGCAGUGCUGGAUUUGCAGGAGGAGUCAUUAAAAGGUUUUCAAACUUUCUGCAAGGGAACUGUACCAGUGGCUCCAAACAGAACAUUAAUGAGUCACUUCCACAAUCUGCUGCAGGAACAUCAGAUGGCGUAUAUGCUUCCAUUCCUGGAUUUCAGGCACAUACAGUGAGCACUUUGGAAUACAAGGCUGUGUAUGCCUACACUGCCCAGGGGGAAGAUGAACUCUCGCUAUCUGCUGACGACAUCGUGACUGUCAUAGACCAGGGUGAGGAUGGUUGGUGGAUGGUGCAGAGAAACGGCUCUACUGGACUGGUUCCAGGUUCUUAUCUUGCAAAGGAGUGACUGUGCCUGACAGCAUCAUGCAGGAGCCAGGAAAAUUCCAUGCUUCAUUUGUAAAUUUUGCUAAGGCCUAUUCAUUGACAAUAACUCCUUAUUGGAUGUAUUGUUUAGUCCCCUUUGAGUAGGUUCUGCCCAUCUCCAACUAUGAAACAUGGUGGUAGCAAAAUAAAUGUCACACUGGACCUCCUCCAAGCCACAAACUUAUCAUGCGUAAACCUUGUUACUUUUUCACCGAAUCAUGGCACUAAUGUUUAUCCAGACUGUGGUUUUCUUGUAAAUUUGUAAGUUUUAAACAGCUGGGCAGAGUGUUUGAUUUCCAUCGUUGGCCUGUGUGUUAUUUAUAAGAAAUUAAUUCAAGCACUCUGAAAACAUUAAAAGAGAACGCUAUUUAAAG